AUGUCACACCUUCGAGGAUAUAUUUCCUCCUAUCCUCCGCGCAUACGCCAAUAUGGCAACGCGCUCCUUACACCGGUCUAUCCUGUCCAAACCGGGCCAACGCCUCGGACCACUAAGCGCGGCACCACUGCAAUCAAUUACGCCGAAGACGGAUUCGAAGAUGAAGACUUUGACGACAGUGAUGGUCCGAGGAGGCCAACAGGAUUGAGAAGCCUUCGGCGAGAGGAUUCAUCCGGCGGCCCGUUGCCCGUGUCUGAAAAACUGGGGAAAGAAGCACAUGCGCCAGUCGAGGUGCAAGGUGUGUUCCGGGAAUGGAUGAUCAAGCGGAUGCUCCGGCCAGCAUGCGCAGACCAGCUCCAGAUCCAGGCUCAGCUUCCUUUGACGCUCGUACCGAUUCGCAUCGACAUCGAAGUCAUUCCGCACCAGCCUCUUGAACCAUUCCCUCUCCCGCGCGGCGUGAUGGAUGCGAGUAUAAACCCAACCCUCCCUGCAUACAGAAAACCCGACCCAUUACCCCCAUUCCGCAUCAAGGACACAUUUCUCUGGAAUCUCCAUGAGGCCCUGGCGACCCCAGAAGAAUUCGCCAUCGGCUUUAUUCGUCAGCAAUUGGAGGAGUACGCCGGUGUUGCGUUGCAUCCUCUGUUCCAGAGCUCCCCGGCAGUCCCUCCAGCCAGUGUCCCUCCUCAGACAGAACCUUCACGAGAUACAUCGAUGACGCCUGCUGCGACCUAUGUUGCCACUCCGGACAGUAGGACUAACGCUGCCGCAACCGUCACCGUGACCAAAGAGGCGCUAGUGAACGACAGUCUGUUGAACCCGGACGACGCUUACAGAUGCCUGAUCUACCUCAACAUCAAUUUACAAAACAAACUCUACACCGACCGAUUUGAAUGGUCUUUGCUGCACCCUACAGGAAUGGCCGAAGAAUUUGCGCAGGGGGGUGAAUGGGUGAGCGCCAUUGCACAUGGUAUCUACGAAGCCGUCCUCAAGCUCAAGAAAGAAGUCUGUGAGAGUGGUGGCCUCGUGAGUGGAAUCAAUGGCUAUGGCAAUGAGAUUGAUAAUCAGGCUGCCAAUGGAGUGGAGGCGGGCUGGCGGUAUGACCCGGAGACUUUGGGCGAUGAGUGGGAACCCAAGGUGGAAACCUUAUCAAAGGAGGAGAUUGAAAGACGCGAAGGAGAUCGAGAGCGACAGAUCCGACGAUUACGACGUGAAACAGCCCGCUUCUCAUCCACUACUGGAAUCACACCCGACGCCUCUCGUCAAAGCAGCGGGUACUUCGAUGUUGACAGUGAAACUCCACUGGGUAGAGGCGAACGGAAUAAGCGCAAGCGUCGGGAACGACAAAGUUGGCGCUGUAGCAACUGCAUGGUCUGGGGCUCAGCUGUAUGGGCGGUGCGAGAUGGGCCAGAAGGCCCACGGACCCUUUGCCAUAACUGUGGCUUCCUAUACGAGCGAGACAAGGUCGCCCCAGAAUGGUCCCGAGACCUCCAUCGUCACGACAUCCCUGUCGGCCGCGUUUAG